AUGUUCAUGGAUUUAUUAAAUGAAUUAAAAUGAAAAUAAUAAUCGAGAUUCUCAUCAGGAAAAAUGCCAUCAACACUCUGAAGGGUUUUACGUUCUCACUGUUGUAUAACCAGCCACAUUCUCCCGCCUCCUUCACAUGAACAGAUGCAGAGGGCAGUCUUCUUACGUCGACACGAACUUGUGCUUUUGUUUGGAAGAAAACCAACCGUUUAACCAAAAAUCAGGGAUGGACAUUCGAGAUGUCCACGAAAAUCCUGAGUUCACUGCACGUCGAUCAGUGGAUCAGUGGAAUAAUACUUACUGUUAGUGUCUUUGGACUUUUCACUUGCCUGAACCUCGCGCCUGCAUGGUCGUAAAAAGAAGUUCAGCUGAUACCGAAAAAUCCCUGGAGCGAGAAAAUCCGCUUUAUAUAAAAAUCCGGUUUAACUAUUUCUCCCACUGACCUCCGCGUGCUGCGCGCUCCUCUGCAAUAAGAUGGAGCCGCGUGGAGAUGGUUAUGUGCUCAGUAUUCCAGUACCCAUCCUCCGUGGGGGCUCCGACUCCAACCUGAAUACUUCCAGUGAUCUGCUGCUGGAGACCCAGCGAAGUCAACUGGGCCUGGACAGCCUGCAGCAGAAGAUCCUGAAGGUGACAGAGCAGCUGAGGGUGGAGCAGAUGGAGCAGGACGACAAUGUGGCUGAAUUCCUGAAGCUGGUGAACAUGGCGGACAAGCAGCAGGUGGCACGCAUCAGACAGGUGUUUGAAAAAAAGAACCAGAAGUCAGCACACAGCAUCAGCCAGCUACAGAAGAAGCUGGAGCAGUACCACCGUCGCAUGAAGGACAGUGAGAGCACCCUCUCCUCCAAACACAGCAGCCCCAAAGACCUGGCCAAGGACUUGUCCAAAGACUUGGCCAAGGACUUGUCCAAAGAUUUGUCCAAGGACAUUCUGAAGGACAUGAGUGGCAGUGGACGGCAUCCUUGGGACAAAAUAAAAACCAUCGGUCCUGGGGUUUCACUCUCACCGCCGUUUUUCUUCAGCAAGUCCAGGGAGUUUGCCAACCUCAUCCGCAACAAAUUUGGUAGCGCAGACAACAUUGCCCACUUCAAGAACACCUUGGAGGAGAGUGGAGGGCGGGCUCUCGGUGGGAGUGCAACCAUAGUUGGCAAAUCCAAGUACCAUAGUGAUGACGAGUGUUCGACGGGCACCUCAGCCUCCUCCGACAGUAACGGCAACCCUGCUGUCUCUCACCACGGUGACGGCACCAUUAGCAUGGUGUUGGACGAGCUCCGGGAAAUCCGCCGUUCUCAGGUGCGUCUGGCUCAGGACAUGGAGACUCUGAAUGAAGAGCUAAAAGGAGACAGCUUCCUCACGCAGACUCUGGAGGAGGAGAGAUACAGGAUAGAACGUCUGGAGGAGCAGCUGAAUGUGCUGGUGGAACUUCACCAGCGCGAGAUGGUUGACCUGAAGCAGGAGCUGGCAAGCAUCGCGGAGAAAGUGGCUUACCAGGCUAACGAGAGGGCCAGGGACCUGCAGGUAUCCCGCACACAGCCAGGGACCUGCAGGUAUCCCGCACACAGCCAGGGACCUGCAGGUAUCCCGCACACAGCCAGGGACCUGCAGGAGGCACUAGAGUCCUGUCAGACACGGCUGUCUAAGAUGGAGGAUUUGCAGCAGCAGCAGGCGGGGCAUGUGGAGGGGGCAGGGCCAUCCGGCCGCGUGCUGCUGGGGAAGGUCAUCAGUGUGCUUCUGGCUGUCGCCACGCUGCUGCUCGUCUGCGUCUCCACGGCAGCCAGAUUCAUCACGCCAGCCGUACGUAGCCGCCAGCACCUGCUGGCCACCGCGCUGAUGGCCCUGCUGCUCUCCCUAAUCUGGAGGAACUGGGGACAUCUGCAGAACCUGGGGUAGAACCUGGGCCCUGGCUAAGACCCACACCAACACAGAACCCCAACACUGGAUAAACCCCAACACUACCUCUGGCUCUACCGUGAGCAUGUAGAGCUUUAGUGGAAAAUAAAGUACUGCAGUACUUUGUGUUUGAAGAGUCUGAGCGAGGUGUUUUUCUCCCACCCUCCAUCCUGUCGGAUUAUAUGAAACUGUGACGUGCGUCUCUGGCUGCUGUGAUUUCAGUAAUCACUGAUAACAGACAAAAUGGCCUUUUUGGUAAUUAACCACCUGAGCCUUAAGGACUGAGUGAAAAUAAUGCUGAGUGAGAGAGUGUGUGUGUGUUGAGAGACAGAGUGUCUGUGUCUGUGUGUGUGUGUGUGUGUUGAGAGAGA